UAGUUAUAAACGAAGAACAUUCACUUAAUUACUAACAAAAUCAUCAUUUGUGAUCAUCAUCAUAUAAAAGCUACCGUAAAUUUGAUUAAUUAUCUCUCUAAUGAUAUCAAUUAACUCAACACUUAACAGACAAGCAGACCCCAAGAGAAAGAGAUAGAGAGACACUACACCUCUCUCUCUUUAUUCUUCUUCCUUCAUCCCUCUCUCUCUCUCCCUCUCUCUCAUUCAACAUCAAUGAGUUCUACAGGAAACCCUAAUAAUCCAUGGCCAACAUACGAUUCAUACAGAGACUGCUCACAAGGAGUAUGCAGCGUCUACUGUCCUCAAUGGUGUUACGUCAUCUUCCCACCUCCUCCUCCUUCCUUCUUCCUUGACGACGAAGAAGACUCCUCCUCCUCUGAUUUCUCCCCUCUCCUCAUCGCUCUCAUCGGAAUCCUUGCCAGCGCCUUCAUCCUCCUCAGCUACUACACUCUCAUCUCCAAAUACUGCCACCGCCGCCGCGAAAACUCCACCUCCUCUAUCAGACGCGAUGAUCGCGAGAUCUCUUCCUCUAUAACCGUCGAUACUUGGCACGGAGGAAACAACGAAGAAGCUCCGAAUCCGGGAGAUGGACUCGAUGAGACGCUGAUUAAAUCGAUACGAGUUUAUAGAUAUAAGAAGGGAGACGGAUUGGUGGAAUCUUCGGAUUGCUCUGUUUGUUUGAGUGAGUUUCAGGAGAAUGAGAAGUUGAGGUUGUUACCUGAGUGUAACCACGCGUUCCACGUGCCGUGUAUUGAUACGUGGUUGAAGUCUCACUCUAACUGUCCUCUUUGCCGCGCCUUUAUCGCCGGAAGAGUUGAAUCCAUUGCGGCAGCUUCUAAUCAACAGAUCUCCCCUGUAAACGAUCAACAUCGUCUGAGUGGAGAUUCCCUCGUUGUUGACUUAGAUCUGGAGAUUGGAUCUCGGGAUGAGGCGGUUGUUGUUAACGUGAACGGCGGAUCGACGCCGAAACCGCCGGAUCAAGUGAAUCGGAGAUCGUCGUCGGUGAAUUCAAGCGGUGUUGUUUUGAUCGCUGAUAUACUGAGGGAGAUUGAAGACGAAGAUGAAGAAGCGGGUGUAGGGACUUCUCGGCGUGGAGAAGAUGAGGAAGGGGAGAAGACGCCUCCGCCGUCAGAGUCGGCGGCGAGUCAAGCAGGCGGAGGGAUUUCGAAUUUUCUGGGGCGGAGUUCAGUGGCGGGUAAAUUUGUUAGAACCAGAAAUUACCGUUUACCGAAUUGAAGAGAAAAUUGAUUAAUUUUAGGGGAUUUGAAUUUAUUUUUAAAAAAGUCAAAAUUCGAAUUGGCUUAUACCGUUGGUAGUCUUUAUACCGGGUUAGAGAAUCAUUGUUAAACCAUUUGGAAACAGAGAGCAAUUUUCACUAUGUAAAGUUUUGAAAUUAUUGUCCAAUUUAUUCUUAAGUAUCUACUUUGAAUAUAUUCCCCAUGCUUUUCUCUUUUUCUUUUAUAAUGUCGCUACCUAGAAUAUAAGUAAAAUUUCAUGUUGU